AUGGCUCCCUGCAGCAAAAAGGAAUUAGAACAAAAACUGAAGCAAGCCCUUCUUGAACUACAGGCAUCUCAAGAGGAAUGCAAGAAGCUUCUAGAAGAACAUGAAGAGAGUGAGGCAGAAGUAAUAAAUAUAAAUAAUAGAAUACUGUUUUUAAAGAACGAGCUCACUGAGUUAGAUGGUCGGUAUAAGGACUUACAGGAGCAACGGGACCACUUACAAUCCGUGAUCAACUCACAGGAGGAAUGUCAAAACAACCAUGAGGCUGCUCUAAAUCGUAUCAGAGAACUAGAGCAACAGGUUGCUGUAGCCUAUAAUACAAUAAAAGCUCAUGAGGACCAACAUUCUACCAAUGAGUCACAACAAACUUUGGCAUUAUACAAUGAGUUAGUCCAUGAAGAAAAUUGCCAAAAUAAUGAGUCCAUGACCAUAGAUCUCACUUCAAUGAGCGAUAAAUAUAGUGAUGAUGAUGAAGGUUAUGAAGAAAAAUAUAAAUUACGACAAGAAAAUUGUGAGCUCCAACGCCAAUUAGCCCGAAUACAGCAACUAUAUGACAAUGCACAGAAGGAAAUUGCCGAACACAUCAAGGCAACAGAGUCCCUGGUAAUUAACACGGAACGGCUUGAGUCUCUGGUGCACGACCGAAACCUGGAGCUGGAAACACUACGCGCCAAAACAAGCAGCGAGUCUAGAGAGGAUUUGCAGCGCGGGGGGCUGGUCGUAGAUUCUGGAGCCUCACCGUCCACCGGCGCCGCGUGUACCACGCGCCGCGAGACCGCGCCGCGAGCGAAAUGCAGUGCCGUGCUCCCCGCCGGUGCGCCGCUGGCCGCAGUGAUGUGCGACACCGCACCGCCCAACAACGAGCCGCCGUGUGCCGCGCUGCCAAGUGUCGCGCCGGCCGGCGAUGUGCCGCCGGGAGCCGAGCCGCGGAGGGUCGGAGCUCGCGGAGCCUCUCGGCGCGGGGCGUCAGCGACAGCGCCACCGCCCGCGGCGCCCGCGCCCGCUGCGCCGACAGACUUAGUGUUGACAAACUUAUCGGAUGAGGAAGUGGUAGUGAGUGUGGAGACAGAGGUACUGGUGCCGGUGGACCCGCAGCACCCGCCACUGGCCGUGCGCUGGUGCGGCGGGGGCUCGGCGGAGCCCGCGCCGCCGCCGCAGGCCCCGGCCCCUUCUGUCGACAUAGCACCGACCCUGGAUGUGUCGGCGUGUGUGCGGGAGGCGGCGUGCGGCAGCGGGGCGGCGCGCGUGCACGUGCCGCAGCUGCAGCUGGCGGAGGUGCGGGGGGCGCUCGCGCGGCUGAAGCCUAAGCGUUCCGCGGGACCUGACGGGAUCCCAGCUUUUGUGGUGAAGGACUGUAGGAAGGUAGUGUAA